AUGUUUUAUGUGCCAGCAACAGACAGUUAUUUAAGAUUACCGGUAAGCUAUGUACCAGUCUAUUCAACUACAUUAGAUCAAACAUUAAGUGAAAACUCAAAUUUAAAAUUGAAUAAUGAUAUUUAUCAAGUUAAAAAAGAAUUAGCUGAAUUACGAGAAGAAUUAAGUGAUUUACGUUUAGAAAAAGAAACGUGUCCUAUAUGUUCAUCUACUGUGUCAACAAAACGACCAAUUCAAUGUGAUGAAAGUUGUACAAUUUGUUAUCCUCGUAUUCGUAAUCAAGAACGAGAUGAUAAUUAUUUUCGAACAUCAUCACCAAUUCAUUAUUGUUCGAUUUGUCAUGAUUAUGUUAUUGAUGAAACGUAUUCUCGAAUAUCUCCACGCCCAUCUCAAAGAACUACAAAAACGAAAAAAAUUGAAGAACAAGAUAAAUUAUCCGAAUAUUUAUCUCGACAACUUGAAAUUCAACGUCUUCGUCAGAGUUAUAUACCUGAACAACGACCAGUAUGGAUUCCUACAGCAUACAAACAGGAUUAUCCUCAUCGACGAUGGGUUACUCGUCAAUUACAUUUCUCAGAACCUUAA